UUACUGUUUAGGUAGACAGAAUCCCAGUCAAAAUGUUUAUCUUUAACAUGCGCUGAUGCACGAAAAGAGAGGGACUUACUAGUUGAUUUAGUGGUGGACUGACACAAUUAUGACUUAAUGAAAUUGAUUAUCAAUGUACUGCCAGGAUGGUACACAUACCAACAAGUGUUCUUAAGAAUAUCGCUGUCUUUGGCGGGGUUUUCGCUCUUGGUAGUGCGUACUACAUGACUGAAAAGAUUCAAGAAAGGUUCAGGAAAGAAGACUAUUAUCGUAUUCCCAUGAAGAUGCUGAGACAGUACCAGCCGGCAGUGGAGGCAUUUGGUCAGCCCAUCGUCAGCAAGAGGCUGGACCUAGGAGACACACAACAUAACCGAGUGGAUGGACUGAACGCCAGUCUGCUUAUUCCAGUGAAAGGACCCAAGGAUAAAGGCAGUCUUUACAUUCAGGCCAGCAGACUUAGUGGUAAAGACAGCUGGGCUGUUGACCAACUGGACCUGGAGCUGAAGAGUACUGGUCAGCGGUGGACGUUUUAUCAAAAACCUGUUGAGGAUCCUUCCUCUUGACACUGUGUAGUGUUGACACUAGGAUAAUACAGACAGUCCAUUACUUCAUCAUGAAGCAAGUUUUACUCCAUCAGUAUAUGGAUGAUGCUUAGGGAUGUUUGUCUUCAUUGUGAUAUUGGAUUGUAAUUUGCUUCAUUCCCAACAGUGAAAUAUUUUAUUUUACUGUAAAGAAUCUGUUUUAGGGUUUGAAGUCUCCAUGCACAUGUAUCUAGAUGGUUGAGUUUUACAUUCUACUUGAUUUGGCAAACCAGGAAUAAAAUUCGGUUUCAUGG